AUGCUUUUUGGUGGACUAGCUGACUCUCGUUGCCCACACUGCCAGCAACGAAAUAAGCGACACAGGAAUAAAAAGCCGUGCCGCUACUGUGACCAUAAAGGCUGUUUCUAUAUCUCCCCAACUCCACGUUCGUUUACAGACGAUUCUUGUCGAACCACAUCCCAUUCUUCACCCAGACCUCAUUCUCUGUCACCCACUGUCCUUUUCCCUAGAGCCGAUUCACCGCAGUGGACUGAAACAUGUGAGUAGAAGGGUGCUGUUCGUUUGUAUUCUGAAUCCUCUGAUACCGUCUUUUCGUUGUAGACCCGCGAUCCGCGAGCGUAGUCCAACGGCCGUUAGAACCGGGUCAUUGGCAAAUCCUUGGAUCGGGAGCGUUAAUCAAACCCUUGGAUCGAAGUCAAACCUUUGAAACACUUCUCAACCCUUACAGUAACCUUAAUCAAGAUCUUCGCGAAGCUAGACUGAUAGGUGCGAUUUUUUGUUUUUUUUUGACGUGAAACUUGUGUUCUUAACAACAAAAGUAAACAAACGAAUGACCCUUUCUUUUUAGCUGGGAUCAUGGAUGAUCCGACAACUGAACAUACCACUGGUAGCACGGUCAUAAACACCAACCUGACCACAACCGAUACUACCCAUAGAACCCCUGACAGCCCGUCUAUGAAUGAUUUCUUUUGGUACGUUUCUAAUUUGAUUAUUUUAUCAUUAGUAAAAGAUUCUGUAUCACCUUUGAAAGACACAUGUUAAACAAUUUAACAAUUGUUCAGGGAUCCUGUUGGAGACACGAACUACGCAUCCGACACCUUCGACAGCGAUCUGUACGACUACGAAGACAAUCGCAGCAAUGCCAGAUUAGGGCGAACACAAGAAGAUCUGCACAAGUACAAACAAAGGAUCGACGCCAACGUAGAGCAUCAACGUGAAUAUUCCGAGAUUAUGAAUGCUAUGCAUCAAAAAGUAAGUAUUACUGUAAUUAAUUAUGCCCAAUGAAUUGUGACACGCAAUGUUAAUAAACUUAUUAUUAUUACAGCUCCAAGAAUACCGAAAACACAUAGCCAAAUUGGAGAGUAAAAUCACAAACAAGCCUAUCAGUACCAGUGAUGAUACCACCUUCUUCCCACUCGGAAAAGGAAGCUACUUAGACGCGUAUGGAGCCGGUGGUAUCGCUCCCAAUGUCAACAUCAGCACUGACGUUUGGGCUGGCGGAGCCGGCGGAGGCUUUGGCGGAGGUCGAAUCGCCGGUGACAGUAAUCAAAACUUUGAUAUUGUCAUCAAACUGGACGAAGAACGAAGACGUGCUGAUGACUUUAGGAUGCAGCUAGAGAAUGAAAGACAAAACAACGAACAACUACAAGUAGAGAUCGAGAGAAUCCGCAGGGAAUACGAGAGAGAUGCCAAGGAAAAAGAACGCAGAUAUAGCAAUAGGGAAAGAGUAAGCCUUAAUUAAGUUUUUUUUCUCAAAAACAUUUCCCUUUAAAUUGCUACCAUCUAAAUUUCAAUUACUUCAGAAUCUCGCACAGUAUCUCAGCGAUGAGCAAAAGAAGAUGCUCGACCUUUGGACCGAACUCCAAAGAGUCCGCAAACAGUUCAGUCAACUAAAACAUCAGACGGAAGAAGACUUGGAAAACCAAAAACGAGAGUUCACAAAGAUCUUUAAGAACAUUCAGAACUUCUCCCGAGGCGUAGGAGGCCCAGAAGCAUUGACCUCAAGCUUCCACCUUGGCGGAGGUGAUGGCCUUGGUGGAACCACUUACAACUUAGACUCUGUCAUCCAAGAGACUAUUAGACGAGUAAACAACAGAGGUGGUACUUCACCGUACAUAGCCGACCUAGACUUACUGGCCAGACUUCGCAAAGGAGUCGAGAACAAAGACGACAACACCGAACUCUACAAUGAGUUGAUGAAGAAGUACGAAGAAGCCAUUGAGAGAAACAUCGAAAUAGAGUCAAAAGGCGAUGCCAACGUCAGAAAGGUCAGUGACUUAGAAUCUGAACUUCGACGUACUCGUGAUCGACUUAACGAAGCUCAGGGAGCCAUCAAGAAGAUCCACGGGAUCGCCAUAAACAGUGAUCGCAACUCUGAAAGUACCAAGAGAGCUAGAUCACUCUCACCAGCAGACACCGUCGUUCAACCAGCUGAAGCCAUCAGAGCCGUUAGAAACAUCCUCAGAGAGAAAGACAAUGAGCUACAAAGACUUGAACAAAAGGUAAAAGCGGCCGAAAAGCAAGCAAACGAAUUCGUUACCAAGUUCGAAACGGCAGAUGAAGCUCGCAGACGCCUUGACAAGUACCUGGCUGAUGCAAAGAGAGAUGUCACCAAUCUCCAAAAGCAUCUUGACAACUCUGAAAGACAAAAAAGGCGAUUUGAAGACCGUGUGAGAGCUGUAGAAGUCGAAAAGAAUGCGGCCGAAAAAGCUAGAGCCUAUCUGGAGGAUGAGUUGAAACGACUUCAACAGUAAGUGCAACACAAAAAAUUCCUUACUAAAAAACUAAAAUGUCUUUGGCUACAUCAUUUAUAUUCUUGUUCUAUUUUUGACCUCCUUCGUAGUUUUAAAAGUUUAACUAUUUACUUAAAUUCAGAAUCUUCCAAAAGAAUACCACAGACGAUGCACGCAAGGCUCGCGAAGAAGCCGAAGAGUUUGCAUCAAACAUGGAACAAGACUACAAAAACAGAAUAGCAGAACUUACCAGUCGAAUCGACUCCUUGAUGAAGGACAACACUCGUCUCAAAGCCGAGAUCAGUCCAAUCAAAGACAAGUACAGAGACUUGGAGAACGAGUACAACUCUCUGUUGCGUCGACUCGAAGAGAAAGGUAACAUUAUCGUAGAAAGCUUCCUUUUUGGAAAAACAAAACAUGAAAUUUCAAAAAAUUAUUAGUUUUUACAACGAUAUUUCACAAAUUUAUCGAGUUUGACGAAACGCCACACUUCUUAACUUCUUAUCGACUUUUAAAGGAAUUCUAAAUUUGACAGAUUUUUGUUUACUAGGGAAAGAGCGAUACUUUUCGGAUAUCUAGACAUUUCUUACGACACAAAUAUUGUGAAUUUUAGACUCACAACUAAAAUACACAGAAGAACAAAAGGUAAAGGUUAUCAAGGACAUUGACAACCUCAGAAACCAAUAUGACUUGUCGAGAAGUGAAAUCGAGAAGUUCUCCAAUGAUAAUGAGCUGCUGAUCAAGAAGAUCAGCGUUCUUGAACAACAAAACAAAGAGUUGAAACAGCAACGAGACGAGAUCAGGUAAAUUUAUAUUAAUUUAGGGUAAUGAUAUCAAUAUUCAGGUAACAAAUCAUUUAAGCAAAUUAUUUUGGCAUAAAUAUAUAUUUGCAGUAAACAACGUGAUGAACUGUCUCGCCAACUCUUUGACAUUAAACAUACCAUGGAAACCGAAAAGACCAAAGGCACAAACGUUGAACAGAAUGUCCAAUCAAUGACUGAUGAGAUCGACAAGCUCAAGAGUCAAGUUGGAGAUUACGAGAACCAGAUCGUCAUUCUGAGAAGACACAAUGAUGAUCUUGACACGCAACUCAAGACUUCCCAAUCCAAGCAGGGAGUUAUCGAGAAUGAUGUCCAGACCAAGAUUAAGGAAAUCACCACGUUAAAUGAACUGAAUCAACGGCUACAGAAGGAAAAACAAGAGAUCUUGGAGUAAGUUCUUUCACGUUACUUUAGUUUCUGUUACACACAACCUAUUUUUCAAUAAGUGAUUUUUCAAAAAGUAUGGAGUAACUGGUACUACAACUAUCUAUUACAGUGCCAAACACAAACAAGAACAAGACUUGGAAACCUUCAAAGACAGAAUCCGAAAAUUGGAAACAGAGAUCGAGAAGUUGAAGAAAGAAAACGAUGAGUUGGCCAAGAAGGAAGCGAGAGCUCAAGAAGGUAUGGCACAGCAAAUGAAGCGGGCCAACAACUUACAAUUAGAUCUGCAAGAUGCUCGUCAGAAGAUCAAGGAACUCGAAAGUACGUUUUUGUCAAAUUUUUGUCGCAAAGUUACUUUUGUAAGAGGUAUUGAAUAUUGUGUAGUUUAUAACACUAGUACUUUAAAUUUAAUUUUUAGAUAAAUUAGCUCGCCUGGAGAAGGACUACAAGGACAGGCUGAAGAACUGGCAGAGAAACCGCCAAUCGACCAAAUCCACAGACUUCGGUGGUACCAGUGUUGAUUCUUCGACCACUGGAGGUGGUCAAACGGUUGUUGGAGAUCCUGGUGACCUUACUGAUGAAAUGCUGACCGGUGGAGGUAGAGGCGGAAGGUCUACUGAUGACCCGAGUGGUGGCGGAGGUGGUGGUACAACUACUACCAAUGUUGACAACACUUACAUUACUAAAUACGGCGGACUUGGAGAUCCAUCGUACUUAGAUCCUGAGAUUGUAGAAAGCAGGAUCAAGGACAUUAAUGACAAGUGGAAGAUCGAGGUGGAGAAGAUCGAAAACGAGAAAGAUUCUCUGGAGGCUAGAAUCAGAGAGUUGGAGGAUCAGAUCGCUCAAUUCAAUCGUGGAGAAGAACGAGAGAAGAACGACUUUGUAGACCAGCAAAGAAAGCUUCAGAAUGAGAUCGACCGACUUAAGGCUGAGAUACAAAAAAUCAAUGAUAAGCAUCAGAACGAACUCGAGGAGGAGAAGGAGGUCUAUCACAAAGUAAGUGAUCAGAAUUCGUAUUUUUCGAAUAAAAAUAAAAUAUAAUCACAACAUAAUUUAAACCAUUUUUCAAAAUAAUUUUUCAGAACAUUGAUGUCAGCCGAAAGAGCGAAUCCGAGCUUUUGGACAAGAUCAACAAACUCGAACAAGAAAAAGCAGAUCUUCUAAACCAACAGAAUGAGUACGACCGUGAACGUCGUGAAUACGAUGAGAAACUCACUACACUAGCCACUAAUAACCAGAAACUGAAGGAUGACAUCGAGGACAUUCGAACUGAAACAGAAAAAGAAGUUCAAACGUGGAAGACUGACGCCUAUUCUGCCAGGUCCGAGGUCAAGUCGUUGGAGACUACUUUGGCUGGUUUGAAGACCCAGUUGGCUGCGGCUACUGAACGGUCCGAGAUUUUGAACAAAACCGUCAACGAUCACGUCUCCAAGAUCAGAGACUUGACCUCGCAGAUCAGAAAGCUCGAAGAAGAGCUCACAGAUGCCAAAUCGAAUGCUCAUGCUAAAGAAGUGGAGCUCGACUCAUCCCAAGCAAGAAUCCGCCAAAUCGAAGACCAAUUGGCCGCUCUUCAGGCUGAAAACAACAGAACUCGAGGAGAAUUUGGAGAUAUUAACAGGGAAUACUCUAACGUCGUCAUUAUCAGAGAUGACCUGCAGAAGGAGAACGAGAAGAUUAGUCGUCGCAACAAGGAAUUGGAGACCAUCCUGAAGGAGUCACGGAACAGUACGGAUCAUCUGAAGAACGAGCACAUCCGUCUCCAGAACAUACUCCGUGAAAAGACGAAACAGCUGGAUCAUCUUCAACAGCUAUCAUCUCAGUUCGAGAACAAGAUGAACAAGCUUCGCAACGAACUUCAAGAUACUUCAUCUAAACUGAUUGCGUCUGAUAACGAAAGGAACAGUCUUCGUACUGAAAUCACUCGUCUACAACAAGAACUGGCUUUUGGAGAAGAACAGAUGCGACGAAAGACUGAUGAGUACCAGACAGCUAUCGAAGACUGGACUAACGCCCAUCGACAAGCUGAAGAUGCCAGAGUUAACGCGAUUCAAGAACUGGAGACACGAAAGUACGAGUUGAGUGAUCUACAAUCUCGCCUGGACAGUACUGACCAGCGCUUGGUGUACCUCCAACAAGAGUACGUUAAGGCCGAUAAUGAGAGAGAUGCCCUGAGGGAGAGUUUGAGAAGGUUCCAGAACAGCAUCAGCCGUGUCAUCAACAUCAACAGAUUCACCAACAUUCUGGAUGGUGUAAGUAUUUACUUAAAGGACCAGUUCGCCCAUUCAAAUAUCAUUGGCAUUCUGUCGCAAAAAGCGUCGAAAAUCAGGCAAUUUCAAUCAAAAUCAUUUUUCUCAAAAAACGUGAGUGGGUCGGUGUCAAAAUGAAUUUUCCAAUUUGGGACCGACCUGCUCAGGUUUUUUGCGAAAAAAAUAACGACGAAUUUUUGCGACAGAAUGCCAAUGAUAUUUGAAUGAGCGAACUGGUCCUUUAAAGAUGUUUUUGUGAUUUAUCUUUUACUAUAACAUUGAUGUGUCAUAAAAUUGCAUGAAUGACCUUAUAUAUUUUAGGACAUAACUGGAAUCCCAGUAGACUCUGGAAUUGGUGGAGGUGCUUCUGGUGCUGCCGGCGGCGCCUAUGGUACCAACGUCGCGACUACAGAUGGUUCUAACGUUGACCCAAGCGGAGACUUGACUGAUGACGUCAUGUUCAAGUCUACGCCAUUGCCAUCAGGACCUGGAGGUGUCGAUGGAGAUGGCGGCGAUCCGUCUGGAGCACAUGGCGGGAUCGGUGGAGGGACAACCAUCAACAUCGCCACCAUCGACAGCACUUUGCAAAACUUUGUAUCUCGUAUCGACAAGUUGCAAAGAGAACGCGUAAGUACAAUAUUAUUUACUUAAAACUAAAAAUUAAAGAUUAAAAAUGUUCAUUAUAAUGCCGAAACUUUUUUAGGACGAAUAUCGUGAAGAGCUCAAUCGUCUCAAGCAAAAGACGAACCAAGCCCACACUACGAUAAAUAAGCGUGAAACCCACUACAAAACCAUCGAAGAGAACCUGACCGAGGUCGAGGAUGACAAGAGGACCUUGGAAGUGCACCUAGCUCAAGCCAAACAACUCAUCAGAUCACAGGAAGAAGCUAUCAAGCAGCGAGACGAAGAACGUCGUCAAAUCAAGUCCAAGCUGACCGCUUCCGAACUCCAAGCCCGAGGCAAAGAAGCUCAGAUCAGACACAUGAACGAGCAACUCCACAACCUCAGAACUGACCUUACCAACGCUCACGAAGAGUUGAGAUCCCUUCGUGACAAAGACGAAUCUCUCGAAUCCGGUCGUUAUCAACUGGAAAGCAAACUUCGUGACCAUGAAAGCGAACUUCAGAAGUUGUCAAUCAGAAUCACCAACUACGAAUCUGAGAAGCAGAACCUCACGGAACGUGUAAAGGAACUCGAAGGACAACUCAAGUUAAGCGAGAUCAAGAACUCUGAUCUGCGUGACGACACCGAGAAACUCCGUAGGGAUCUUCUGAAGGCAGAGGCUACAGAAGCCGACCUUAAGAAGUCUUUGGAUCAGUACUACAGAAAUAGUGCUGACGUUCAGACACUGAGAGAUCAACUAACACGACUUCACAGUGAACUCAACGAUGCCAACAACAAGAGACAGAGCCUGGAGACGGAGCUAGUCAGUUCACGGUCUGAACUGCGAGAUUACAAACAGAGGAAUCUGGACUUCAACGGAAGAAUCGGAGAUCUCCAACGUCAACUACAAGAUGCCAAUCUCGAGAAGAACAGAGCCGAGAACAGAUUGAUUGAUAUGGAGAAGGUAUGUUUUACAGUAGUAAUUUAUAUUGUCCAUUCUUAGUGUUAACUCGUUAAUCACCGUGAUACACUAUCCUUAAAGCAAGCUGUACCUUUAUUUAUUCUUCAAACUUUCAGACCUUGGCUACACAACGUGUAACUGAGACAGACCUAAAACAACAGUUCGAACUUCUGAAAACGGAAAAGAAGUCGGUUACAAAGGAAUUCGAGGAAGUCAAGACUAGGUUGUCACAACUUGAGUCCGAACGAACAUCUCUCAUCCGAGUACAAGAUUCUUGGAAACGAGAGAAACAGGCGUUGAUCAAGAAGAUUGAACACGUGAGUUCUUACAUUAAUUGAAAGUCGAUUAGAAACCAAACUAACCCUAAUACUUUUCUGUAUAACACUUAAAUAUGCCUCAUCACAACCGUUUCUUAUUGGUUUGCUUCAGCUGGAAGGCGAAAAACGCCGUACUGAUGCUGCCAUUAGAGAAACUGCCCUUCAACGUGAAGCCAUCGAAAAGUCUUUGAAUGCCAUGGAACGCGAGAACCGUGAAUUGUACAAGAAUUGUGCCCAACUACAACAACAAAUCGCCCAACUCGAGAUGGACAACGGAGCUCGCAUCAUCGAGUUGACUAAGAAGUCGCGUGAGGAACAAGAGCGACAGGCCAUCAAGAUCAAAACAGAGAAACAACAGAUCGAACGACUGAUCGAGAGCCGUGACAGAACGGCACGUCAGAGAAUUCAACAACUCGAAGCUCAGAUUCAGAGUCUUCGUGAUCAACUCGAGAACGAACGACGUCGCCGACGUGACUUGACUGACCGUCAAAUGGUUGGUGACAUGGGCAGAUUCGGAGGAAACUACUUCGGCCUCCCCACCGUCCACACUCGAGUUGGCGUUAACGGCUUCAGCUCCGUUGGACCUACUUACCCACCCGUCGAGAAUAUUGAUAGUACUAGGUAAGAUAUCUUUAAAGACAUAUGUUGCUUAUAAAAUACGUUCUUCAUCUCCCUUGUUUAGAUAUAUACGAUCCACAUUCGCUUCGAAUCCGUUGACUCCGCCGCGCGGAGCGUCGACACCGACCCGCUCCCAACUGCUUACCUCCGCACACGAUGAGAGUUCGUCUUCGCUAGCUCGCGAGCAUGGCUUCGAUCAGGAACGUCACGAGCCACGGACUUCCUUGGACGACACACUGCCUCAACUAUCGCAUACACGUGGGCUUUAAUUCCAGCCGCCUAAACUUUUAUUGAUUUCAGCCAGAAUUUGA